AUGACUACUAACGGAAACGGAAACGGCUCUGCCACUGUGGGAACUGUGAAGGUCAAGCAAGGACUGGCACAGAUGCUCAAGGGAGGAGUUAUUAUGGACGUCAUGAACGUCGAACAGGCAAAGAUCGCUGAGGCUGCCGGUGCCGUCGCUGUCAUGGCUUUGGAACGCAUCCCUGCGGAUAUCAGAAGAGACGGAGGCGUUGCCCGCAUGUCUGACCCUGCCUUGAUCAAGGAAAUCAAGAACGCUGUCACCAUUCCAGUCAUGGCCAAGGCCAGAAUCGGACACUUUGUGGAAGCCCAAAUUUUGGAGGCCUGCGAAGUUGAUUACAUUGAUGAAUCUGAGGUUCUCACCAUGGCCGAUGAUGUCCACCAUUUGGACAAAACUGUGUACAACGUCCCAUUCGUGUGUGGAUGCCGUAACCUCGGAGAGGCACUUCGUCGUAUUGCUGAGGGUGCUUCCAUGUUGCGAACAAAGGGUGAAGCCGGAACCGGAAACGUUGUGGAGGCCGUCCGUCACGCACGUCAAGUCCAAGGUGACAUUCGUCGUCUGAGUUCCAUGAGCAAGGACGAGCUCUACGUUGCCGCCAAGGAAAUGCGAGCACCUUACGAGCUUGUCAAGCAAGUUGCUGAGGACGGAAAGCUUCCAGUUGUCAACUUUGCUGCCGGUGGUGUUGCCACCCCUGCAGAUGCCGCUCUCAUGAUGCAACUCGGUGUCGACGGUGUAUUCGUCGGAUCUGGAAUCUUCAAGUCUCACAACCCUGAGGCCAGAGCCCGCGCCAUCGUCCAAGCUACAACUCACUACAAGGAUCCUAAGGUUUUGAUGGAAGUUUCCACUGGCUUGGGACCAGCUAUGGUUGGUAUCUCAGACAUCAAUGCCGACCCUGUCAACUUUCGUGAUCGUGAGGGUGGCGAAUUCACUUACAAAGGAAAGGUCCCACCGAAGAAAGAUCUACACGGAUACACUGAGACUCAAAUGUACGGUUCAUCUUGGAACAAUUAA